CUCAGUUUCCAGAGCUCAGUGGCUCAGUUGGACAGUUGGCAAGUUGGUGAGCUGGUAAGCUGGCGGGGCGCAAAUAUUUUUAUGACACCCGGGCUGGAGCACAUGCGAAACUAGUUUGGGCCUGCCAGUGCGCAGCGGACCCCGGCUCCGAGCCCCCAUCUCGAGCCCCCACCUCCCAGAUACACACACGACGGAUGUCGGUGAUUAGCCAAUCGGACAACAUGUGUAAGGCGGACUGCGGCGGGGCUCGGAUAAACCAGAUAGAGCCCCCCGGAGAGUGGCAAACUGGAUCGGUUCUCGGGAGCAGGAUGCCAGCAGCUGUGCCCCGAGUGGCUGCGCCGCCACCACUGCCCCUGCCCCCCAAAAGGCAUCUGGCCAAACGCGCUCAAGUCAAGGCCGAACCAACUUGCCCACCGGCGGCACUUUAUGCUGCGUUGCGAUUUUCCACCUCCCACACAGGCGGAAAAUAUCACCCAAAUCAGCCAGCUAUUGGUAUUUGCUGGCAGCACGGAAUUCACAGCCUAAGUGUGAAGAAUUCAUAAGUACUCAGUUGGCUCGUAAUCGAUACUGCUUAAUGUAUAGCAGUAAGAAGGGGCGAAUAUGUACAUAAGAACGCAACUUCAGUACAAAGGGAAUGGGAAAGUACCGUGUAGAAAAUAUUUAAAAUAUAUUAAUGCUUCAAUUGUUCUACAAACAUUGCGGUGGGUCGUUUUCUCAACAAGUUGGCCUGUAAAAGCACCUCCCAGGUCGACGAUUUCGCUCAGUGCAGGGCGCAAUGAAUAAUUCAUAGCACUGCACCUAAGCCGCGCAAGACAGCAAACAGUUUGCAACCAUUCCGGUGCACAGACAUCAAUUUCAGCCGUCAGGCAACUGG